AUGCCCAACGGUCCCCAGAUCCCCGCACCCGCCCAUAUACUGGCUGACUCAAUGCUCUCGCGGCAUUUUGGAAGAGAAACGGUGAACUACUUUUCUAGUUCGCCUCUAAACCGUCUCUCAUUCUUGCGCUCUGAACAUCCGUUCCUCUCGGCCGCCCUUAAGCACCCGUCUACUCGCUUUGUACUGUUGAAAGACCUUGCGCCUCUCACCAAGAGUCCUUCUGAACUCUAUUACGCAAAGUAUGACGAAGUACGGAAACUUGUGCCCGAGAACUUCUUCGACAAGUCCGAGGAGGAGAUGAUCAAGCAGUUUGACUCGCGAAAGACAAGUGCUCAGCUCAUCUUCCUGGGGCUGGAUGAAACGCGGAAACAGGAUGGUCUGGCUUGGAAAAUCUACACCGGAGCCCCCUAUUUUGCUUUGGAUGUAACGCCGAAAGGUUCAGAGGAGCAGCAGGCCAACGCAAAGGACAUCAUCAGCACAGUGGUGGCUAAAGGCCUCAGCUUCUACCAGUCGAGAGUGGUGAUGACUUUCUCGGCGGACGAGGCUGCCAUUUAUGCGCAGGCCCGUGCGCUCAUUGACUGGAACACUCGGAAUACAUUCUGCGGCACCUGCGGUUACCCUACGCUUUCCGUCAAUUCGGGGACGAAACGGGCCUGUCCGCCGACGGAUGUUGCUCUCGCAGAACAAGGAAAGGGGCGACCUGAGUGCAACACUCGCACAACGUUGUCAAACCUUUCCUUCCCCCGCACUGACCCGACAAUCAUUGUCGCCGUCCUCUCAGCCGACGCGAAGCGGAUUCUCCUCGGCCGCUCCAAGCGCUUCCCGCCGAACUGGUACUCAACACUGGCUGGUUUUAUUGAGCCCGCAGAAUCGGUAGAGGACGCUGUUCGGAGAGAAGUGUGGGAGGAAGCUGGCGUCACACUUUCGCGUGUCGUAAUUCACUCAUCUCAGCCAUGGCCGUAUCCGGCUAAUCUUAUGAUCGGUGCGAUUGCUCAGGUCAGCGAUCCAGAGCAUGAGAAGAUUAGUCUGUUGCAUGACCCUGAGCUGGAAGAUGCAAAGUGGUUCGAAAUCCAGGAGGUCGAGGAAGCCUUAAGGGUUGGGACAAGUGCGUUGGGAGAGACGCCUGGGCCCGAAUACAAGGGUGGAUUGAGACUUCCUCCUCCUACCGCCAUAGCUCACCAGCUCAUAAGGGCAGCCAUCACGGGAGACUACAUCAUUUCGAAAGAAUCAAAGAUGUAG